AUGAGGCUUCUGUGCUUGCUUGCGUUGAUCCCGGUCGUCCUCGGUGAUUGCACAUGCGAGAGCGAUAGCGAGGACCGCAACAAGAGCGAGGCCCUCAAGUACAAGAUAGUGGCCAUCGUGUCGAUCCUCGUGGCGAGCGCGAUUGGGGUGUGCCUCCCCAUCGUUGGGAAGAGGGUCCCGGCUUUGCACCCGGAGAGAAGUAUCUUCUUCAUCGUCAAGGCCUUUGCGGCCGGAGUGAUAUUGUCGACCGGGUUCAUCCACGUCCUCCCGGAUGCCUUUGAGAACCUGACCUCCCCGUGCCUGAGCGAGACCCCGUGGGGGGAAUUCCCGUUCGCGGGGUUCGUGGCGAUGAUGGCCGCUCUCGGGACGUUGAUGGUGGACACUCUUGCAACUUCUUAUUACAGGAAGUUGCACGCCAACAAGGCCGGACCGGACAAAAGCGCCGAAGACGAAGAGAAGGGCAAAGAAAACCAAGGUCACGUCCAUGUGCACACGCACGCCUCUCAGGGCCAUUCUCAUGCUCCAAUGUUGACAAAGUCGGAUGGGAGCUCCUCCGAUCUCUUGCGGCAUAGAGUCGUAUCUCAGGUGCUAGAGCUGGGGAUUGUGGUGCACUCGGUGAUCAUAGGGAUCUCCUUGGGAGCUUCGGAGAGUCCCGAGACGAUAAAGCCCCUUGUUGCUGCCUUGACUUUUCACCAAUUCUUUGAAGGCAUGGGCCUCGGCGGAUGCAUCACUCAGGCCCAGUUUGAGACUCGGGCGAGCGCGAUCAUGGCACUGUUUUUCUCCCUCACGACCCCAGUCGGAAUCGCUAUAGGGAUCGGAAUCAGCAAUGUGUACGACGAGAGCAGCCCGACCGCCCUCAUCGUGGAGGGCAUCUUCAACUCUGCAUCGUCGGGGAUAUUGAUCUACAUGGCCCUAGUCGAUCUUCUCGCCCCUGAUUUCAUGAGCCCCAAAUUGCAGAACAGCGGAAGGCUCCUGUGGGGGACCUUUGCAGCUCUUCUCCUCGGCGCUGGCUGCAUGUCUCUCCUGGCCAAAUGGGCUUGAAGCGAAUUCGCUUGUAAUGAAUAGAUC